AUGACUUCAAUUUCUUCGAUUCUUCAUUCUGGAUAUCACCACCCGACUAGCAGACAAUGGCAAUCAGGGAAUGUGCUUAGGAAGGUUUCGUUGAUGUAUCCAAUUUUCAUUACUGAUGAUCCCAAUGCUGCGGAUGAGAUUAAGUCACUUCCCGGGCAGAAAAGAUGGGGAAUAAACAAGUUGCAGGGGUUCCUUAAACCAUUGGUCGAGAAAGGCUUAAGUUCGGUCAUCUUAUUUGGCGUGCCAUUGAAGGUUGAGAGGGACUCAACCGGCACUUUAGCAGACGAUCCAAACGGACCAGUCAUACAAGGAGUGAAACUCAUUCGAAAAGAAUUUCCUGAUUUAUUUGUAGCUUGCGAUGUGUGUCUCUGUGAAUACACGGAUCAUGGGCAUUGUGCAAGUAUUGCUCGAAUCGCUGAGGUUGCCGUUGCGUAUGCCAAAGCCGGAGCACAUUGUGUUGCUCCCUCCGAUAUGAUGGACGGAAGAAUUAAAGCUAUCAAAGAGCGUUUGAUUGAGGCAGGAAUCAGUCAUAGGGUUUGUUUAAUGAGUUAUAGCGCUAAAUUUGCAACCACGUGCUUUUAUGGACCGUUUAGGGAUGCUGCUCAGUCUGCUCCUACGUUUGGAGACAGAAAAUGCUAUCAGCUGCCGCCAAAUGCAAGUGGAUUAGCGCGUCGUGCUAUCCGUCGUGAUCUGACAGAGGGGGCUGAUAUUAUUAUGGUUAAACCCGGGAUGCCAUACCUCGACGUUGUCAAAGAUGCUAAACUACAGAGUCCCGAUGUUCCAAUUGCCGUAUAUCAAGUGUCGGGAGAGUAUGCAAUGAUAUGGCGAGCGGCUGAAGCCGGAGUGUUUGAGCUCAAGACUGCUGUCAUGGAGAGUAUGGAGGGAUUUCUUAGGGCAGGUGCUACCUUGAUCUUAUCAUACUAUACUCCUUUACUUCUCGAGUGGCUCGAGAACUAA